CUUGCGCACCUGCGGUGACAUCAAUCUUGAAAAAUGGCCACUAUGUUGAACAAGCGUGUUACUGGUGCCUUCGGCAAGCAGAUACCGGUGCGCUCUACUCCGGUCUCUGCUGUUCGCCCAACUCGCAGCUCUGUUCGUGUUGCUGCAACCGCUGCGACCGAGGAGAAUCUUGGCUUCAAGACGAUGCGCGAUGGCAUUAAGGUGGCCGCUGACGAAACGCUGCUCACUCCGCGCUUCUACACUACGGAUUUCGAUGAGAUGGAGCGCCUUUUCAACCUGGAAAUUAACAAGAAUCUGGACAUGGCUGAGUUUGAGGCUAUGCUGGCUGAGUUCAAGCAGGAUUACAACCAGCGCCAUUUCGUGCGCAACGAGACCUUCAAGGCGGCCGCUGAGAAGAUCACUGGCCCGACGCGUAAAAUUUUUAUCGAGUUCCUCGAGCGUUCCUGCACUGCCGAGUUCUCUGGCUUCCUGCUAUACAAGGAGCUGGGUCGCCGUCUGAAGUCGACGAACCCGGUUGUGGCGGAGAUCUUUACGCUUAUGUCGCGCGACGAAGCUCGCCACGCUGGUUUCCUCAACAAAGCAAUGUCAGACUUCAACCUUGCUCUGGACCUGGGCUUCUUGACGAAGAACCGCAAGUACACCUUCUUCAAGCCUAAGUUCAUCAUCUACGCAACCUACCUCUCGGAGAAGAUCGGUUACUGGCGGUACAUUUCGAUUUACCGUCACCUGCAGCGCAAUCCUGACAACCAGCUGUACCCUCUGUUUGAGUACUUCGAGAACUGGUGCCAGGAUGAGAACCGCCACGGUGACUUCUUCACCGCUGUCUUGAAGUCGCAGCCUCAGAUGAUUGACGACUGGGUUGCGAAGCUCUGGUCGCGGUUCUUCUGCCUGUCUGUGUACAUCACCAUGUACCUGAACGAUCACCAGCGCGACGCGUUCUACAGCUCUCUGGGCCUUAACACCACUGUCUUCAACCAGCACGUGAUCAUUGAGACGAACAAGUCGACGGAGCGUAUCUUCCCGGCAGUGCCAGAUGUGGAGAACCCCGAAUUCUUCAAGAAGAUGGACCUGCUGGUUAAGUACAAUACCCAGGUGGUGAACAUUGGCAAGAUGAACGUGCCGGAUGCUGUGAAGGUGCUCCUGCGUCUGCCCCUUCUGGAGCGCAUGGUGGCGGAGGUCUUCCAGAUCUUCAUCAUGACCCCCAAGGAGUCCGGCUCGUACGACUUUGCAGAGAACAAGACCGCGCUGGUUUAUUAA